UUUUCUCGUUUUUACCAUCAAGAAUGGCAGCGUUAAUAUAUUUUGUUCAUCAACCCGUCAACUUGUAACAUCUAUAUUGACGUAUUUGAGCUUAUCCAUUCCCCAAAACACAGUCAAGGUUUGUCUUAUUCUUUGUAAGGUUGAAAUUGAAGUAUUGACCGCUUCAUGGAAAGAACUCCGACUUGAUACAAUUCUGCUUUGUUAACAGAGGGAGCUACUGGGAGGUUUGUAGAGAGAGAUGGAGCAAGAAGCAAAGAUGCUGCGGCUGGGUGAUUCUCUCCUGGUGCCUAGCGUUCAAGAGUUAGCCAAAAGCUCCCCAUCCACAGUUCCCCUUCGAUAUGUUCGCCCCAACCAAGACCCUCCUUACCAGUUCAUCGACACUUCACCUCAAAUCCCUGUUAUUGACUUGCACAAGCUGUUGUUCUCCAACAAUUCUCAGGACUGUGAACUUCAUAAGCUCCAUCUUGCUUGCAAAGAUUGGGGUUUCUUCCAGCUGAUCAACCAUGGAGUGAGUGAUGCAUUGGUGGAGAAUAUGAAAUCAGGCGUUGAAGCACUCUUUAAUCUUCCAUUAGAAGAGAAGAGGAAGCUUUGGCAAAAGCCAGGAGACUUCGAAGGAUUUGGACAAAGCUUUGUUUUCUCUGAGGAGCAGAAGCUUAAUUGGGGAGAUCUCUUUGGAAUGUUUAUCCUCCCUGCUUAUUUGAGGAAACCCCACUUGUUUCCCAACCUCCCUCUUCCAUUCAGAGAUGAUUUGGAUGCUUAUGCGUUGGAGAUGGAAAUUCUAGCCAUGAAACUUCUGGACUUAAUGGCUAAAGCUCUGAAAAUGGAAGGCUGCGAAAUGAGAGAGCUGCUUGGAGGAGGAAUUGUGUCAACAAGAAUGAACUACUAUCCUCCAUGUCCUCAACCAGAGCUAGUCAUUGGACUCAACAACCAUUCUGAUGCAUCUGGCUUAACCAUUCUUCUUCAAGUCAAUGAAAUGGAAGGUCUCCAAAUAAGGAAGGAUGGGAGGUGGAUUCCUGUUCAGCCUCUCCCAAAUGCUUUUGUUGUCAAUAUUGGAGAUAUUUUGGAGAUUGUUACGAAUGGAAUAUAUCGCAGCAUCGAGCACCGGGUGACCGUGAACUCAGCGAAGGAGAGGCUUUCAGUGGCCAUUUUUUACAGCCCAAGGUUAGAUGGGGAGAUAGGUCCUGCUCCAAGCUUGGUCAGUUCAGAUAGUCCAGCUUUGUUUAAAAGAAUUGGAGUCACAGAUUUCCUCAAAGGAUUCUUCUCCAAGGAACUGAAUGGAAAGUCAUAUCUUGAUUGUAUGAGGAUCCAAAAUGAAGGGACGCAUGACUGUUUUGCAGGUGACCACUCAGCCAAAUUCAUGGAGUCCAAAUCUGAGAAGGUUGUCUUUGGAGCAUCAAUCGUAGUGCCAAGCGUUCUGGAGCUAACCAAGCACCCCAUCUCUAAGCUUCCCCUUCGCUAUGAACGUGACGAUCAGGACCCGCCGAUUGUUUUCAAUGAAGAUUCUGAACCGUCGGUACCGGUGGUCGAUCUUCACCGGUUGGCCAUUGGAGAUUUUGCUGCUGCAGAGAUGGAGAAGUUGCAUUCUGCAUGUAAGGAAUGGGGAUUCUUCCAGAUUAUAAACCACGAAGUUCCCACGUCGUUGGUGAACGAAUUCAGAAUGGAAAUUGGAAGUUUCUUUAAUCUUCCCUAUGAAGAAAAGAAGCUGCUUUGGCAAAGCCGAGAGAACCAAGAAGGAUUUGGACAGCUCUGUGUGGUGUCAGAGGACCAGAAGCUUGAUUGGUCAGACAUGUUCUACAUACUUAUUCGCCCUCCUAAUCUAAGGAAGCCUCAUCUAUUCCAUAAUCUUCCACCAAAACUCAGAGAGGCUCUUGAAGCUUACACAACUGAAGUUCAGAAGUUAGCCAUGAUCAUUUUGAACCAUUUAGCCGAAGCUUUGAAGAUGGAUGGUGAAGAAAUGAGGGAGCUAUUUAGAGAUGGUGUUCAGUCAAUGAGGAUGAACUACUAUCCACCAUGCCCCGAACCCGAUAAGGCCAUCGGAUUCUCCGCUCACUCGGAUGCAAAUGCUCUAACAAUUCUCCUGCAACUCAAUGAAACAGAAGGACUGCAAAUCCGGAAAGAUGGGAGAUGGGUGUCUGUCAAACCAAUUCCAAAUGCAUUUGUGGUCAACAUAGGUAACAUCAUAGAGAUUGUAAGCAAUGGCGUAUACAAGAGCAUUGAGCAUAGAGUGACAUCAAAUUGUUUAAAGGAAAGGCUUUCAGUUGCAACAUUCCACAGUCCAAAUCUAAGCUUGGAGUUGGGCCCUGCAAAGAGUGUUGUAGGGCCUCAUAACCCACCAAAGUUUCGAGCUGUCCCUUUGGUUGAGUACUUCAAAGGCUACUUUGCUAAAAAAGUAGAAGGAAAGUCAUACCUUGAUCAAAUUAGGAUGCAGAACCAAUAUUUCUUUAGACUUCGUGUUCCUGGGAAUUGGCACUGGAAUUGCUUCGUUCCUACCGACACCCCUACCGACUUGCCGCCGGGUCCUCGGAAUGGACGAGACGGUCAGAAGGUCCCUUUCUAUAAACUCUUCACAUUCGCCGAUCGGUUCGACGUUAUGUUGAUGACACUCGGCACCGUCUGCGCCAUCGCUAAUGGUAUCUCUCAGCCAAUCAUGACGCUUAUUUUCGGCAAGAUGAUCAACUCCUUUGGCUCCUCCGAUCAGUCUGAUGUUGUCGCUCAAGUUUCCAAGAUUUCUUUAGACUUCGUGUUCCUGGGAAUUGGCACUGGAAUUGCUUCGUUCCUACAGGUUGCAUGUUGGAUGGUAACAGGAGAAAGACAGGCAGCACGUAUUCGAGCAUUGUAUUUGAAAACAAUACUAAGACAGGACAUUACAUUCUUUGACACUGAAACUACAACUGGAGAAGUUAUUGGUCGAAUGUCUGGAGACACCAUUUUGAUACAAGAUGCCAUGGGAGAAAAGGUGGGGAAGUUCAUACAGUUACUAUCAACUUUCCUCGGUGGUUUUGCGGUUGCUUUCAUGAAGGGAUGGCUUCUUGCUGUGAUUUCUUUAGACUUCGUGUUCCUGGGAAUUGGCACUGGAAUUGCUUCGUUCCUACAGGUUGCAUGUUGGAUGGUAACAGGAGAAAGACAGGCAGCACGUAUUCGAGCAUUGUAUUUGAAAACAAUACUAAGACAGGACAUUACAUUCUUUGACACUGAAACUACAACUGGAGAAGUUAUUGGUCGAAUGUCUGGAGACACCAUUUUGAUACAAGAUGCCAUGGGAGAAAAGGUGGGGAAGUUCAUACAGUUACUAUCAACUUUCCUCGGUGGUUUUGCGGUUGCUUUCAUGAAGGGAUGGCUUCUUGCUGUGGUUUUGCUCUCCUGCAUUCCUGCAAUUGUAGCUGCUGGUGGUGCCGCAUCACUGAUCAUGUCUAGAAUGUCAAGCCGUGGACAGAUUGCUUAUGCUGAAGCAGGGAAUGUCGUAGAACAAACAGUUGGGGCUAUUAGAACAGUAGCAUCCUAUACUGGGGAGAAGCAAGCUAUUGAGAAAUACAAUGCCAAGCUGAAAAUAGCCUACAAGUCAACAGUUAAACAAGGACUCGCCUCGGGUUUAGGACUCGGCCUAAUAUUGCUAAUUGUCUUUGGCACCUAUGGGCUUGCUGUAUGGUAUGGAUCCAAGCUUAUCAUUGAGAAGGGAUACAAUGGUGGACAAGUCAUCAAUGUUAUCUUUGCAAUUAUGACUGGUGGAAUGUCAUUGGGGCAGACAUCACCAGUGGUCAAUGCAUUUGCUUCAGGACAGGCUGCAGCCUACAAAAUGUUUGAGACAAUCAAACGAGAACCAAAAAUUGAUUCCUAUGAUGCCAGUGGUAUAACGCUGGAAGACAUACAAGGUGACAUUGAACUUAAGGAUGUCUACUUCAGGUACCCUGCUCGGCCAGAUGUGCAGAUUUUUUCAGGAUUCUCGUUGUUUGUUCACCGUGGAACAACUGCUGCACUUGUUGGACAUAGUGGAAGCGGAAAGUCAACAGUUAUCAGUUUACUUGAAAGAUUCUAUGAUCCGGAUUCUGGUGAAGUACUUAUAGAUGGAGUGAAUUUGAAGAACUUAAAGCUUAGAUGGAUAAGGGAAAAAAUUGGUCUUGUUAGCCAAGAACCUAUUCUCUUUGCAACUACUAUAAAGGAGAAUAUACUGUACGGGAAAGAAAAUGCGACAGAAGAAGAGAUCAGAGCAGCAACUGAGCUUGCCAAUGCUGCAAAGUUCAUUGACAAGCUGCCUUUGGGGCUUGAUACGAUGGUAGGCGAGCAUGGGACCCAGCUAUCAGGUGGACAGAAGCAAAGAAUUGCCAUUUCAAGGGCCAUUUUGAAAGAUCCCAGGAUUCUGCUCCUUGAUGAAGCAACUAGUGCUUUAGAUACAGAAUCAGAGCGUAUUGUUCAAGAAGCACUUUCUGAUGUUGUCGCUCAAGUUUCCAAGAUUUCUUUAGACUUCGUGUUCCUGGGAAUUGGCACUGGAAUUGCUUCGUUCCUACAGGUUGCAUGUUGGAUGGUAACAGGAGAAAGACAGGCAGCACGUAUUCGAGCAUUGUAUUUGAAAACAAUACUAAGACAGGACAUUACAUUCUUUGACACUGAAACUACAACUGGAGAAGUUAUUGGUCGAAUGUCUGGAGACACCAUUUUGAUACAAGAUGCCAUGGGAGAAAAGGUGGGGAAGUUCAUACAGUUACUAUCAACUUUCCUCGGUGGUUUUGCGGUUGCUUUCAUGAAGGGAUGGCUUCUUGCUGUGGUUUUGCUCUCCUGCAUUCCUGCAAUUGUAGCUGCUGGUGGUGCCGCAUCACUGAUCAUGUCUAGAAUGUCAAGCCGUGGACAGAUUGCUUAUGCUGAAGCAGGGAAUGUCGUAGAACAAACAGUUGGGGCUAUUAGAACAGUAGCAUCCUAUACUGGGGAGAAGCAAGCUAUUGAGAAAUACAAUGCCAAGCUGAAAAUAGCCUACAAGUCAACAGUUAAACAAGGACUCGCCUCGGGUUUAGGACUCGGCCUAAUAUUGCUAAUUGUCUUUGGCACCUAUGGGCUUGCUGUAUGGUAUGGAUCCAAGCUUAUCAUUGAGAAGGGAUACAAUGGUGGACAAGUCAUCAAUGUUAUCUUUGCAAUUAUGACUGGUGGAAUGUCAUUGGGGCAGACAUCACCAGUGGUCAAUGCAUUUGCUUCAGGACAGGCUGCAGCCUACAAAAUGUUUGAGACAAUCAAACGAGAACCAAAAAUUGAUUCCUAUGAUGCCAGUGGUAUAACGCUGGAAGACAUACAAGGUGACAUUGAACUUAAGGAUGUCUACUUCAGGUACCCUGCUCGGCCAGAUGUGCAGAUUUUUUCAGGAUUCUCGUUGUUUGUUCACCGUGGAACAACUGCUGCACUUGUUGGACAUAGUGGAAGCGGAAAGUCAACAGUUAUCAGUUUACUUGAAAGAUUCUAUGAUCCGGAUUCUGGUGAAGUACUUAUAGAUGGAGUGAAUUUGAAGAACUUAAAGCUUAGAUGGAUAAGGGAAAAAAUUGGUCUUGUUAGCCAAGAACCUAUUCUCUUUGCAACUACUAUAAAGGAGAAUAUACUGUACGGGAAAGAAAAUGCGACAGAAGAAGAGAUCAGAGCAGCAACUGAGCUUGCCAAUGCUGCAAAGUUCAUUGACAAGCUGCCUUUGGGGCUUGAUACGAUGGUAGGCGAGCAUGGGACCCAGCUAUCAGGUGGACAGAAGCAAAGAAUUGCCAUUUCAAGGGCCAUUUUGAAAGAUCCCAGGAUUCUGCUCCUUGAUGAAGCAACUAGUGCUUUAGAUACAGAAUCAGAGCGUAUUGUUCAAGAAGCACUUGUAAGAGUGAUGGACAAUCGGACUACCGUGGUUGUUGCACAUCGCUUGACAACUAUAAGGAAUGCUGACACUAUAGCAGUGGUGCAUCAAGGGAAACUUCUUGAGAAAGGAACACAUGAUGAACUGAUCGAAAAUCCUGAUGGAGCUUAUUCCCAGCUAAUCCGUCUGCAAGAAGGAACUACAGCAGAGACAGCAACUAACCUAACCAAUGAUACAGUUGAUGUAGACAAUAGAAUGGACAGUCUUGAUAGUACGAAAACAUCAAUGAGGAGAUCCGUAAGUAGGGGUUCAUCAAUUAGUCGGCCUUCAUUCACUAUCAACUUUGGCAUUCCGGGUUCAGUUCAUAUCCAAGAUCAAGAAAUCGAUGAGGACGGACCAGAAAGAGCAGACAUUGAUCUGAAAAAGCGUAAAAGUGUUCCAUUGAAACGAUUGGCAGCCUUGAAUAAGCCUGAAAUUCCAGUUUUGCUCCUUGGAUCCAUCGCAGCAGUAUUGAGUGGCAUAGUUUUUCCUAUAUUUGGCCUUUUACUCUCAAGUGCCAUUGGAAUGUUUUAUAAACCCGCAAGCCAGCUUGAGAAAGAAUCCAAGUAUUGGGCACUUGUGUAUCUUGGUCUAGGAUGUCUCAUAUUCUUUGCUGCACCUACACAGAAUUUCCUUUUUGGAAUUGUAGGCGGAAAGUUAAUCGAACGGAUUCGGUCUUUGACAUUUGAAAAGAUUGUCCACCAACAGAUUAGCUAUUUUGAUGAUCCUGCAAACACAAGUGGCGCAAUUGGUGCAAGGUUGUCCACUGAUGCUGCCACAGUUAGAGGACUUGUAGGGGAUGCCUUGGCCUUAGUAGUCCAGAACAUUGCAACCAUCACAGCUGGGUUAAUCAUAGCAUUCUCAGCUAACUGGAUAUUAGCUUUCGUGAUUCUAGCCGUGUCGCCUUUGUUGCUUGUACAAGGUUACCUCCAGACCAAGUUCACGAGCGGGUUCAGUGCAGAUGCCAAGGUCAUGUAUGAAGAAGCUAGUCAGGUCGCUAACGAUGCGGUUGGCAGCAUCAGAACUGUUGCAUCAUUUUGCUCUGAGAAGAAGGUGAUGGAUUUAUAUGAAAAGAAAUGUGAAAAUCCAGUCAAAAACGGAAUUCGCCUAGGACUCGUCAGUGGCGCCGGGUUUGGCUUUUCUUUCUUUGCCCUCUUCUGCACAAAUGCUUUUUGCUUCUACAUCGGAUCCAUUCUAGUGAAGCAUGGCAAGGCAACAUUUCCGGAAGUCUUCAAGGUUUUUUUCUCUCUUACAAUUUCUGCCAUGGGUGUUUCCCAAGCCACUGCCUUGGCUCCUGAUAGCACCAAAGCCAAGGAUUCCGCAGCUUCUAUAUUUGAAAUACUCGACAGCCAGCCUAAGAUCGACUCAAGCAACACCGAAGGCGAGACACUUGCCACUGUAACUGGCAAUAUCGAUUUUGAACAUGUUAGCUUCAAGUAUCCAACAAGACCAGAUAUUCAAAUUUUCCGAGAUUUAUGCUUAAGAAUCCCUUCAGGAAAGACUGUUGCAUUGGUGGGUGAAAGUGGCAGCGGGAAGUCGACAGUAAUCAGUCUGAUAGAAAGGUUUUACGACCCGGACUCCGGCCGCGCUCUUCUGGACGGGGUGGAAAUUUUCAAGUUCAAACUAAGCUGGCUGAGGCAGCAAAUGGGAUUGGUCAGCCAAGAGCCAAUGUUGUUCAAUGAAACAAUUCGCUCCAACAUAGCUUAUGGAAAACCAGGAAAUGCAAGCGAGGAAGAGAUAGUCGGAGCAGCAAAAGCAGCCAAUGCACAUAAUUUCAUCUCUUCAUUGCCUGGUGGCUAUGAAACCUCAGUAGGAGAAAGAGGAGUUCAGUUAUCAGGAGGCCAGAAACAGAGGAUAGCCAUUGCUAGAGCCAUACUAAAGGACCCAAAAAUUCUUUUGCUGGACGAGGCCACGAGUGCACUCGAUGCCGAGUCCGAGCGCGUAGUACAAGAUGCAUUAGAUAGAGUAAUGGUUAACAGAACCACGGUCGUUGUGGCCCAUCGCCUCACCACCAUUAGAGGGGCUGACAUCAUUGCUGUAGUAAAAAAUGGUGUGAUUGCAGAGAAAGGCAGCCAUGAUGUGCUGAUGAAGAUCAAUAAUGGGGCUUAUGCGUCCUUAGUCGCACUCCAUAAAAGUUCAUAACUUUAGAAGAAGGAUGAAACUAAAAAAUCACUUCUACACAGAUUUAGAUGAUCCAGUACAGGAUCUUAAAUCAUUUUUUUGACACAUUUAUUAUUUUUUAUAUAAUUUUAAAAUUUUAAAUU